GGCUCCCCUGGAGAUUGCACUGAGCUGUGUCUCCUUCCCCGCUCCCCACCAAGAGCUGCAACAUCGUCAUGGCAGGCUUCAAGAGAAGCAGCAUCUUCCCUCAAAACCCCUACCACAUCCCUGGCUAUGGGGGCUACGUUCCCCAAUUCACCUUCACCUUUGGGGACACCUAUGGAAGAACCACCCACCAUCUGCUGACAGAUCCCAGUGUCAGGAAGAGCCCUCGAUCCCUGCUGGCACCCCUGGACAACAAGGAAAACCUCCUGGAGUACCAUUACCACAUCGACCAUCCAGGGUACACUGGAUACAUCCCCUGCUCCCUGGACAACGUUGGCUUGACCUACCUCUCGUCUGUGAAGAAAGCCAUGAAGGAAUUUGACCGUCGCCAGCUUUUGGAGAGAAAUCCACCUUAUACGUUGGGCACGAGAUUCCCCCUGACACACUGGCCAGACACCAAAAUUUACAGCCGUGCUGGACUCAUACCUAACUACUUGGGCUUUGUACCACACCUGCAGGACAUCCACGGGCUCACCUACGGGGACGGUACGCGGGAAUCGUACCGGUGUGAACAGAGGAGACGGGGUCUUGCACUGUGAAAACUGCUUUAAUGGUGCCUGUACAGCAUUGGGAGUGACUCGGAAACAGCAAUAAUAACACAACACAAACAGAA